AUGAUACCAGCUUCUUUGCCUAUGCCAUUGACUUCGGUCAAAACUUUAAAUGGGACAAAUUUUGAGGACUGGAAAGAAUCUUUGGAUUUGUAUCUAGCAAUUACCAACAUGGAUUUUUCCUUGAGAGAAGCAGAACCUUCAGCUCUUACGCCUGAGUCCACUAUUGUCCAGAGAGCUUCUCGUGAAAAAUGGGAACACUCGAACAGGGUGUGCCUAAUGGUGAUGAGAUAUACCAUGGAGAAGUCUAUUCGACAGAGCAUUCUGGAUAAUGACAAUGCUAAGGAUUUUAUGAGAUUAGUUGGUGAGAAGUUUAAGACUUUUGAUAAAGCUCAAAAGGGUCAAUAUCUGUCACUUCUUGAGAAGACCAAAUAUGAUGGUGUCAGUGGUGUUCGUGAGCAUAUGAUGAAGCUUGUGCACUAUUAUAACAAACUCAAAUCUCUAAAGGUAGAUCUUGGUGAUAGUUACUUGGUUUGGCAGGUUAUGGAAUCUCUUCCUUCUCAGUUUGAUGUGUUGAAGACUUCUUACAACACUCAAAAGGAGGAAUGGACAAUUGAUGAAAUGAUAGCUAUUAUUUCUCAAGAGGAAGCAUCGAUUAAAAAGACCAAGUCUCAUAGUGUGCAGUUUACAGCUACUAAUUCAAGCACUAAACCUGUGAAAAAGGGCUUCAAAGGUAAAUCUCGUCCUGAAAAAGGGAACACAGGGAAAGCACCAGCGGUUUUGGAGCCUAAGAAGAAGUACUUCAAGGGGAAUUGUGCCUAUUGUAAGAAAUUUGGACACAAGAUAGCUGAUUGUUAUAUUCUUAAGAAGAAGAAUGCUGAUAAGGAAGGGGUUCACAAGUCUGAGAAAACCAAGUGA